AUGGCUGGGCUUGAUGAUUUUGAUAUCCCGAGGGCUCUGCUUUCAGAUAUUUCCUGCCGUGAUGUGGCUGGAACACAGAGACGUGCUGGAAUAGGAACCUCCCCACUCUCCCCCCUCUGCUCAUUUCAGGUCACCUUCUAUGAAGACAAGAACUUCCUGGGCCGUUACUACGAGUGCGACAGCGACUGCCCCGAUUUCCACACCUACCUGAGCCGCUGCAACUCCAUCCGUGUGGAUGGGGGCACCUGGGUGGCCUACGAGAGGCCCAACUAUGCCGGGAACAUGUACGUGCUGACCCAUGGGGAGUACCCCGACUACCACCACUGGAUGGGCCUCAACGACCGCCUGGGCUCCUGCAAGCACAUCCAGAUCCCAAGUGGAGGCCGAGGCCACAUCCAGAUCUUUGAGAAGGGAGAUUUUGGCGGGCAGAUGUUCGAAGCCACCGAAGACUGCCCCUCCAUCAUGGAUGAGUGGCACAUGCGGGAGGUGCACGCCUGCAGGGUGCUGGAGGGCGUCUGGGUGUUCUACGAGCACCCCAACUACCGGGGCCGGCAGUACGUGCUGACCAAGGGGGAGUACCGCAAGCCCGUGGAGUGGGGCGCGGCCAGCCCCGCCGUCCAGUCCUUCCGCAGCAUCUCCGAGUGAGCCAGCCCCGGGAACGGGCUGCCACACCCCCCCAAUAAAGCAACUGAGUCGCUCAGCUCCGCCUUGUCCUGCUUAUUGCCGGGGUUUGCGUGCGACCUGUCCUGCCUCGGGGGGGCUGGGGUGGAGCGGAGCCUUCUCUGAGCAAAACAUCCCCCGCCAGCCCCAGCUGCCUCAG